AUGUCUUUAUCAGCCACACAUAGUGACAACGCCGGAAUGCUCAUGCGAUUAGAACGACAAGAGGCGAUCGAUUGUGCCUCCGACUCGAAUCAACUUCACCACCAACGUAAUCAUACUAAUCCACGCACCACAAAGCCAUCGAGCAUACCUUUACAACCAUCUGAGUCCCAAAAGGCCCAGAAACAAUCACGUCUUAGUCAGCAGAGACACGAGUUAAAACCUACCCAGCAUCCUCAACGUCGACGUCAGUCUCACGAGCCUCACGUAUCGACACAAAAUCUUCUACAAGCGCCACAACGGCACUCGCAGCACCAGCCCCGACCAUCUCGUGUCUCCUUUAAACACACUGUUGUAGUUCAUCGUCCUAGCACUUCACAAAGCGCUUUGAGGACUCGUGGUCAGUCCGACCAAGCCCCAGGAAGCCGGACUCGUAAUUUCAGACCUUCACCGGGCCCACUUUUACCAGUCAAUAGUCGAUCUGAUCAAUCUGAGCAGCGACGACACAUGCAAGACCUAUCAGAUAACCAAGCGAUGGUUCAAGCGACUUCUGUUCGAAUUAAUCGUGCCAAUAGCUCCCCGGAGCAGCCUUUUCGGAGUCACAAUUCAAAUUUACCGCGUUCGAAUACUGAAACAUAUGCUGAGUUAUCUCGUGCCCGUCGUCGUGAAAUUAUCUCUCGCGUGAAUGAAUCAGUGCAGACUGUAAUGGGGUCAAUGCUCUCCGACAAGUCCAAGAGUGUGCAAUGGAAGCCCAAGCUCCGAAAGAAAGACAUCUCGUAUUUUACAGACGAAAUGACGGUAAAGGCCGGGCAGACACGCUUUUGCUGCGUAAGCCAUUCGCACGCGUCGGUCGAGGAUAUUAUGGAGCUCUUCGUAGUGUCUGAGGAAGAAAGUAUGCGGCGUAAUAUUCGGGUUUUGUCUGAUACGCUACUAGAAGCUCGUAUCGUAUCGAUUUUGCGUCGACCUACAAAAGAACGUCCGAUGAAUUCCAUCUACAUUCGCCACGCAUGCCAUCAAACCCCUGGUCUCUUGAUGAAUCGAAAAGUGUGUCUGAUCGUUGCUACGGACAUUAUUCACCAACCAGAUGGAUCAGUUAUUGGUUACUGUCUAUGGGAUUCGAUUGACGAUCCGGAGUUUGUCGAAACAACUAACAAGUCAAAUCUUCAAUCGUGUACAAUGUUUCGGUCGGGCUUCUUUUUACGCCGUUCUGGUCGAACAUCGUCAUCUCAAAAUGAUCAGAUAUUAACCAAAAUUGUAUAUAUGGUUGGAUUAGAACCUGGCGGUUGGGCUCCAGGUUUCACUGCACGAUUAUUGAUGGAAAAAUUUGGUGACAAUCUUUUGCGAUUAUGCUCACACUUUCGUCGCAAACGUUUGGAUUCGCGGACAUUUGUGAAGAAGACACAGUGGGUAUCGAAAUUAUCUGCCAAGAGUUGUCGUAAUUGCAAAAAGUCAUUCCAGGUGCUUUCAACUCGUGUCAAUUGUCACUCUUGUGGUCAUGUGGUCUGUCGAUCUUGUGCAACAAAAGAAUCGGUUGAGUUGCACGCUGUGGGUCUCGUUCCUAUGCACAUCUGCUUUUUGUGUCUUAAAAAAGCUGGACUUCCUAUCCCUCCCUCGGGUACAAAUUGA